AGCAAAUUCGCAGUCAUCAUUUGCUGGUACAAGUCAACAAUCCUUCACAAUGACUAGGUCCAGCGACGAAACGGUACCCAAGGAACUAUGGCGACACUCGAGCCCUUGCAGUACCCAGAUUUACGACUUCAUUCAAUCCGCCAAUGCCAAGCAUGGCCUGUCCAUGUCCACUUACAAUGAUCUCUGGCAGUGGAGUGUCUCUGAGCCCGCCAAGUUCUGGGAGGAUGUAUGGAAAUAUACUUCCAUCAAGGCCCAUAAGUCAUAUGACUGUGUCCUGAGCACGGACUCACUACUUUUCCCUCGUCCCAACUUUUUCGAGGGGAGUAGGCUUAACUUUGCUGAGAACCUCCUGUAUCCAUCUUCGUCUCCUGAUGAGAACGCGGUUGCGAUAAUCGCUGCCACGGAAGCGGAUCGGGAAUUUGUGACCUGGAAGGAACUGCGCGACCGCGUACGCAAAUGUGCCAACUCUCUGAAACAGUCGGGCCUGCAGGAAGGAGACCGGGUGGCAGGGUUUCUUGGUAAUCAUACCAACACUGUUGUGGCGAUGCUGGCAACGGCAUCAAUUGGCGCCUUCUGGACAGGCGUCUCGCCUGAUACUGGCGUACAUGCGGUGCUAGAACGUCUCAAGCAAAUAGAACCGAAGAUCUUGUUCGCCGACAAUGCAUCUCUAUACAACGGGAAGGUGCACGGGACCGAUGCUAAAUUGCGUGAACUCGUGCCGGGGCUGCCGAACCUGGAGUAUCUCGUCAUAUUCGAGACAAUCCAGUCCUACAAACUAGACCCUCAAUUCUUGGUACCACUACGUGGCAAGGUUCUUACCUACAAAUCAUUUCUUUCUACGGCCAGCAACCCUUCUGCCCCUUUGGAAUUUGCAAGUCUGGGACCCGAACACCCUGUCUACAUCUUGUAUUCCUCGGGAACUACAGGGGCACCAAAGCCGAUUGUCCAUGGUGCGCUGGGAACGCUGCUGCAACAUAAAAAGGAACAUGUGCUUCACUGUGAUAUUCGUCCCGGAGAUCGCUUGUUCUACUUCACGACGACUACUUGGAUGAUGUGGCAUUGGCUUGUUUCCGGUCUUGCCAGUGGCGCUACCAUUGUGCUCUAUGAUGGUUCCCCUUUUCGGCCAUUCGACCCGGAAGGUGGGAAGGGUGAAAUGGCAAUGCCACGCCUGAUUGACGAAUUGCAAAUCACGCACUUCGGAACUUCUGCCAAAUACCUUUCCAUGUUAGAGCAGGCUUCCCUACAUCCAACCAGUCACCCUCACCGUCCAGUAAGCUUGAAAACACUGAAAGCUAUUUUUAGUACGGGCUCUCCAUUGGCGCCGUCUACAUUCGAGUACGUUUACUCGUCUAUCAAGGCAGAUCUCAUGUUGGGUUCGAUCACCGGCGGGACCGAUAUCUUGUCGCUAUUUUGCGGCAGUUGUCCCAUCCUACCUGUCUACAAGGGAGAGAUCCAGUGCCGCUGCUUGGGAAUGGCUGUUUCAGUCUACGAUUACGCUGGCAAUGACGUUUCUACUUCCGGUGAGGCCGGCGAUCUGGUGUGUACGAAGCCAUUUCCUGCGCAGCCUGUCAUGUUCUGGCCUCCCGGUCCGACAGGAGCAGAGAAAUACCGCAAGAGUUACUUUGACGUCUUCGGGCCGACAAUCUGGCACCACGGUGAUUUCGUGCGUCUGGAACCCCACACUGGAGGUGUAGUGAUGCUGGGUCGCAGUGACGGAGUUCUGAAGCCAGCCGGUGUUCGGUUCGGUAGCGCAGAGAUAUACAAUGUUCUAUUGAAACAUUUUGCAGAUGAGGUGGAAGAUUCUCUAUGUAUCGGGCGUCGGCGGGAUGGAAUUGACACCGAUGAAACAGUCGUUCUUUUCGUGAAGCUGGAAUCGUCUGGUGACGCUCCAACGACCAUGCCGCCCGACCUCGCAACUCGCAUCCAAGCGACCAUUCGCAAGGAGCUCAGCCCUCGUCAUGUCCCGGGAAUUGUGGAUGUCUGUCCCGAGAUUCCGGUGACAUCCAACGGCAAGAAAGUUGAAAGCGCUGUGAAGCAGAUCCUGUGCGGUCUCAAUAUCAAGAUUGGUGCCAGUGUGGCCAAUGCCUCGUGCCUUGACUGGUAUCGCGCUUGGGCUGCGGCGCACCCAUAGUUUCGUAGUAAGAUCUCCCUCAAUAGAUGGUCUGGGAAAAGCUUAGAGUGAAGCAGUAUGCAAG